CAUUUGACUCCAGUCACCAGACUUGUUCAUCUGGGCGCCAUCAUCGAUUCUGCGCAGGGAGCAGUCUACCUGUCACUGGAAAGAAGGACCGACAUAUGGGAGCUGAUAUCUCAGAUUCACAAGGAUCUGUCAGUUCUCCUGGCCACCUUGUCCAAGUUGCUGGCAAGAUGGUCUCAUGUGUGCAGAUCGUUCCCUGGGCAUGCCUUCAUGCUCGGCAUCUCCAGUGGUUCCUCCUACAUUUUCAGCGCACCCGACAGUCUCACAGCAUGACCAAGGUCAGGGCUCCUCUCUCAGUCAGACGAUCUCUUCAUUGGUGGACAUUGCCUUCUCUAGACAAAGAAUGUCUCUUUGCGGCCCACCAGAGCAUUACUCUCACGACGGACACCAGCCUCUUCAGCUGGGGAGCCCACUUCGAUUACCGAGUGGCACAAGGCCGCUGGUCCUCCAAGGAACUUGUCAAUCCAAUCAACUGGCUAGAGUUGAAGGCCAUCCACCUGGGCCUUAGUCACUUUCAAUGGUCAUUACAGAAUCAGCAUGGCCUGAUUUUAACAGACAACAUAGCCACAAAGGCGCAUGUCAAUCGCCAAGGAGGGACCCACUUGAGGAGACUCAUGGAGGAGUCCUUUCAUCUCGGCCAGUGGGCCGAAAAGAACGUCCUCUCCAUCCGAGCGGAACACAUCGUACGGACUGCGAACAUGCGGACUUUCUCAGCAGGUCUCAAGUGGACAAUGCCAAAUGGCAGCUCCAUGCAGACAUUUUCCUCGACAUAUGCAGCAGGUUCGGGACUCCGGACAUCGACCUCUUUGCGAUGAACCUGAACCACCAGCAACCUUGGUUCUUUUUGAGAUUCUCAACAUCUGGGGCAACGGUGUUUCAAUGCCCUCUGGCUCACAUGCCCCCCCCGGCCUACGCCUUUCCCCCACUGCCCCUGAUACCGGCAUUACUUCGGAAAGUCAUCUCCGACAAGGCAGAGAUCAUCCUAGUGGCCCCUCAUUGGCCAUGUCGACCAUGGUUCACGGACCUUGUCAACCUCUCCGUCUCAUGACCAUGAAGGAUCCCCUCAACUGGAUCAUCCUGCGCCAGGGGGCCCUGAUUCAUCUGGAGCCUCAGUGGCUUCAACUGACCACCUGGCACUUGAAAGGGCCCUCCUGAGGCAGGACAAUUACUCUGACAGGGUCAUCCGUACCAUACAAGCCUCUAGGGGUCAGUUCACGAUCAGACUAUACAACACCACCUGGUUGAUGGUGGUGCACUUCUCACCAGAUUAAUCCUCUCUCAGCUUUCAUUCCACAGGUACUUGAGUUUCUUCAGAAUGGCCUGGAUCGUGGCCUGGCCCACAGCACCAUCCGGUGGCACGUGGUGGCCAUUUCCAUGGUAUUGCCAGGUAAAGCAGGGGAGCCCCUUACAAGGCACCCAGUCAUCAGACAUUUUUUAUGGGGUGCUAGUUACGUAUGGCCCUUGACUGUGCAUAGAUAAUCCACCUGAGAUUUGACCAAGGUGCUUAAUGCAUUAACUGGGGCCCCCUUCGAGCCUCUCCAGACUGUCAACCUUUGUUUCCUUAUUAUGAAAGUGGCCUUUCUAGUAGCCAUAACGUCAGCUCUGCGUAUAUCUGAGCUGGCAGCAUUUUCUGUCGGGGAGGACCUCUGUAUUUUCCAUCCAGACACCAUUGUCUUUUGUCUAGACCCUUCAUUCAUUCCAAAAAUAAAUUCCUUUUUUCACAGGGCCCAGGAGGUAAUUUCUGUCUAAGACCAUCUCACGGGUUAGAGCGAAAGUGGCACAUUCUCUAGAUGCGCAGAGGGCUCUGAAAAUUUAUAUUAAACAAACAGCCCCUUCCAGAAAGUCUGAGGCCUUAUUUGUCUCCUUUCUUCCAAAUUCUUUAGGAUCUAAAAUCUCCUCCUUGACCAUAAGUCGCUGGAUCAGAGCUUGUAUUACCUUGGCCUAUCAAGACCAGGCGCUCCCUGUUCCCAGGCAUAUCACCGCCCACUCCACAAGGAGUGCGGCUACCUUAGUGGCCUGGUCAACGCACGCCUCCCUUGAGGAGGUCUGCAGGGUGACCACCUGGUCUUCUCCUUCCCCGUUCAUUCGACAUUAUAAAUUAGAUAUUUUUGCUUCUGGAGAAGCAUCAUUUGGAAGGAUGCAUCAAGUCGGGGUCGAUCCAGGCCCUUCGGCACCCCGCCCUUAGGACUGUCAAAAGCUUUGGUAUGUCCCAUGUCUGGACGAUGCCACAGCCAUCACUGGAGAAUGGGCAUUGAUCCUACCUUAAUGCCAGUUCUCAGGGAAACUGUGGCAUUGUCCAGCCCCUCCCUUAUACUCAGGGCCUGUCCUUUCCUGUUUCUAACGUUGAAGGAGUUUUUUUUCUUCCAGAUGGAGACUUGUUUUUUAGGUCCUAUCUUCAACGGUGUUUGUUCCUGUUGGAAUACUUCUUCUGGCCUUUCUUCGCCGAAACUGAGCCUGAAAGGGAGGAGUGAGGGGCAUGGUCAAAAAACUAUGACUCAGUCUCUAGGCAGAUCCAACUGAAGCAACCCAUGUUUGGACGAUGCCACAGCUUCCCUGAGAAUCGGCAUUAAGGAUCCGGCAUUUUCUUCAGUGAUUCAUGACAAACUACAGGUUCCCAAUACUACCCGGAAAGCAUGGAAUGAGAGAGACAACCGGUGUGAUGUGUGUGCCACUCACUUGAACCAGCUGAAGCAGGAGGCUAUUCAGAUGGUUUUAACACUUGAACAAGCAGCCAACGCAGAACAUUGUGAUGCUUCUCCUGGCUCUCCUCCUCCCCUUCCCAAUAUUCCCACCUUAGUGGGCUCUCGACAUAUGGGCAGUCCGCAACCCAGAGACUGGGCAUACCUAUCUGCUCCUUAUGCUACUUCCAAUUAUGCUGGCUUUCUGCCUAACAAACUCAGUGGAAAAGUGAACAACAUAGGAAUCGUUAAUGGGAUAGAGAAGAAAAAUGGUUCCUUGGGACACCAGACAAAGGUCAGUGUACAGAUGGCUACCAGUCCCAGCAAUGGUAACAUCCUGAAUUCUGUGGCUAUCCAGGCUCAUCAGUACCUAGACGGCACCUGGUCCUUGUCAAGAACAAAUGGUAUUACUCUGUAUCCCUAUCAAAUUUCUCAGUUGAUCACUGAGUCUGGCCGCGAUGGACUGACCGAAGCUGUGCUGAACCAUUACAAUGCAGAUAAACCUUCCUUGUAUAGCUUCCCCAGUUCCCAGACGACCUGUGUUGCUAGUGAUACCUCCACAGGUACCUCGGUGGCAGCUUCCUUUUUUGCCAGAGCUGCUCAGAAGUUGAAUCUAUCAUCCAAAAAGAAGAAGCACAGACCCCCUGCAUCCUCCGUUUCUGAAUCUCAUCUAUUUGCUACCAAAUUCAGCAUGAUCCUGCAGACCUCACCUCCACCUGCUCCACCUUGUUUAUUAAGGGCAGUCAGCAAGGUGAAAGAUACUCCAGGACUGGGCAAGGUGAAAGUCAUGCUGCGCAUUUGUUCUACUCUGGCCAAAGACUCUUCAGAAUCCAGUUCCUUCUUAAAAGUUGAUCCCCGCAAGAAACAAAUUACUUUAUAUGACCCCUUGUCUUCUGGAGGCCAGAAUGCUUUCCAGAAAAGGAGCACUCAAGUACCACCCAAGAUGUUUGUAUUUGAUGCAGUUUUCCCUCAAGAUGCAUCCCAGGCUGAAGUAUGUGCAGGAACUGUAGCUGAAGUGAUCCAGUCUGUGGUGAAUGGUGCAGAUGGAUGUGUAUUUUGUUUUGGACAUGCCAAACUCGGAAAAUCGUAUACCAUGAUUGGAAAAGAUGAUUCCAUGCAAAACCUUGGCAUAAUCCCUUGCGCCAUCUCCUGGCUUUUCAAGCUGAUUCAUGAAAGAAAAGAGAAAACAGGAGCACGUUUCUCAGUCCGAAUCUCUGCAGUAGAAGUGUGGGGAAAAGAAGAACAUCUGAGAGAUUUGCUGUCAGAGGUAGCAACAGGUAGCUUACAAGAUGGUCAGUCACCAGGUGUCUACCUUAGUGAGGACCCCAUUUGUGGCAUGCAGCUUCAAAACCAAAGUGAACUCAGAGCUCCCACUGCAGAAAAAGCUGCUUUUUUUCUUGAUGCAGCAAUUGCCUCCCGUCGAAGCAGUCAGCAAGAUUGUCAGGAGGAAGAGCAAAAAAAUUCACAUAUGCUCUUCACUUUGCACAUCUAUCAGUAUCGAAUGGAGAAGAGUGGCAAAGGGGGAAUGUCAGGAGGCCGUAGUCGCUUACAUCUCAUUGAUCUGGGAAGCUGUGUUAAACCUCUCAGCAAAAACCGUGAAGGGGGUUCUGGGCUCUGCCUUUCAUUGUCUGCAUUGGGCAAUGUCAUUCUUUCCCUUGUCAAUGGCAGCAAGCACAUUCCAUACAAAGACAGCAAGCUGACCAUGUUGCUCCGCGAGUCCCUUGGGAACAUGAACUGCCGUACCACCAUGAUAGCUCACAUUUCAGCAGCUGCAGGAAACUAUGCUGAAACCCUUUCUACUAUCCAGAUUGCAUCCAGGGUUUUAAGAAUGAAGAAAAAGAAAACUAAGUAUACCACAUCAAGCUCUUCCGGAGGAGAAAGUUCUUGUGAAGAAGGGAGAAUGAGGAGACCAACCCAACUUAGACCUUUCCAUUCACGGAAUGUUGUUGAUCCAGACUUCCCAAUUCUUCAUUUAUCAAGUGACCCAGAUUAUUCUUCCAGCAGUGAACAGUCAUGUGACACUGUCAUUUAUGUUGGCCCGAAUGGAACAGCUCUUUCUGAUAAGGAGUUAACUGAUAAUGAAGGGCCCCCUGAUUUUGUCCCUAUAGUUCCUGCUCUUCAGAAAACUAAAAAUGAAGGCAAAUUGGAAGAAAUGAACGAGACAGCCCCUGAAAGAGAUUGCUUGAAGUGCAAUACAUUCGCAGAACUCCAAGAGCGGUUAGACUGCAUUGAUGGCAGUGAAGAGACAGACGGAUUUCUUUUCGAAGAACUACCAGUUCAGUUUAACUCAGACCCAGUGACUAAAUGUCCUUUAUCAAGCCAAGAGGCAGAGCAUUGUAGUGCAUCAGAGCCAAGCAGGGAAGAUGACUUGGUGGUCUGCCAGGAACUUGAUAACGAUGCCAAGGAAAAUUUAAAUGCUGCAGCUAGCAAAAUCCAGGGAGGUCACUCCCCUGUUCACAGUAGGAUGCUUAAUGAGAUUUCCACUCCUCAGACCCAUUGGAAUGUUAUAGGCAGUCCUAGUAGUCAGUUUAACAGUUCUCAACAACCUCACUGCACAGACCUACAAAGCAGUCGAGAAAGCCUUAAUAGCUGUGGCUUCAUAGAAAGCAAGCCACGGCCAAUGGGAUCACCACGGCUUGGUAUUGCGAGCCUUUCAAAGGCCUCCGAUUACAAACCACCAUCUUCUCCUUCUCAGAGGUGCAAAGUUUAUACUCAGAAAGGGGUAUUGCCCAACCCGGCACCUCCACCAUCAUCAUUAAGCAAAGAUUCGGGCAUGGUAUCCAGUGAAUCUCUGAUGCAGUCCGAGAUCCGCACCCCUCCCAUUGGAAUGAGUCCUCAACUCUUGAAAAAGUCACUUUCUUCUGGCAACAUUGAUUACAGAGAGAUGAUUGACAAUGUAGAGCAGGAACAAGAAUCUCUUUCUCCAGAGUCAAAGCAGGAGAUUUUGAGCACAACUAUGGUCACAGUGCAGCAACCAUUAGAACUCAAUGGGGAGGAUGAGCUGGUAUUUACCCUAGUUGAAGAGCUGACCAUUAGUGGAGUUUUGGAAAAUGGGCGGCCAACAAGUAUCAUCAGUUUUAACAGUGAUUGUUCUGUACAAGCAUUGGCUUCCGGGUCUAGACCAGUUAGCAUUAUCAGCAGUAUUAGUGAAGAUCUUGAGUGCUACUCCAGCACAGCUCCUAUUUCUGAAGUAAGCAUUACUCAGUUCCUGCCUCUUCCAAAAAUGGGGCCGGUGGACAAAGCCGAAGAAGCUGAAAGUAGACGUUCCUCUAUUAGCUCAUGGCUGAGUGAAAUGAGUACUGGGAGUGAUGGUGAACAGUCAUGCCACAGUUUCAUAGCACAGGCAUGCUAUGGUCAUGGAGAAGCAAUGGCAGAAGCUCCUCCUUCUGAACUUGCAAAAACAAUUCAGAAUAAUAGUGCAGUUUUCAUCAAUGACAAGCAAAAUCGUUGUACUGAGGAUAUGUUUGCGUUGCCAGAAGGGGUUGACAGAAAUAUUAAUAAAUUAUCUCCCAUCAGAAGCUGUAAAAUAUCAGCCAUGGAAAAGACGACUGUCACAAUAUCAAACACUACAAGCGUAAGCAGUUGCGAAGAAUUCAUUCCAAUGAAGACUAACAUUACAGUAUUCCCAUGUAUUGCUGUUAAUUCUUUUAAAGCCCAGGAAAGUAAUGAGGCCAUAUCAGCAGUAACAUUGUCAGCCAGAACUCCCUAUUCUCAUGAGGGAAAAGAAUCUAGUGCAAGAAAAGAUCUAAAAUUUGAUGAUCCUUGGCUAAAGAGAGAAGAUAGUGUAAAAAAUGAAUAUGGUCUCAAGGCUGAAACAGUACCUGGGCAAAAUAAGAAAAAAAAUUCUGCCGACAGGUUCAGCAGCAGCAGCGGAGAGAUUUCAAGUUCACCAGGAACUGAAAACCCAAGGAGGGUUGUAGAGGAAUGUGAAGUGGGGCUGUCGGGUUCUGCAACCCACAGCCCCCUUCAUUCUACCGAGAUUUUGAAAAAUGGCAGCUUUAGCAGAGGAUUCCAGAAGACCAACAAGUUGGAAGAACUAGAUGUGGUUUCCUAUCAUUACAUAGAGGAGAGUGGUGGCAUGAGCUCUUCUAUGUCAUCCCAAACAUCAAAAGCUAGCUUGGAAAGAAAGGUAGCUUCUCCCAAGCAUGGUGUUCUUACCCGCCCCAAAGGAACACCACCAUUACCUCCUGUGAGGAAAUCUAGCCUUGACCAGAAGAAUAGAGCCAGUCCCCAGCACAGUGCUUGUAGCAGUAGUACCAGCAGCCCUUCCAACCAACCACCCUCUUUUUUGGCUAGCUUUCCUGAUGAACUGAGUGGGAAACAAAAGGGUUCCAGUAUGGAGAGUGGGAGCUAUAGCAGUAGUAAAUUAUUUAGUGCAAAACUGGAACAAUUGGCUAGCAGAACCAAUUCUCUUGGAAGGUCUAAUGGGAGUCAUUACGAAUGCCUGUCCUUGGAAAGGGCAGAAAGCCUAUCCUCUGUCAGCUCCAAGAUGAACACUGGGAAAGACACCACCAUGCCCCGAGCCAGCAGAAGCCUCAACCGCAAUGCAAUGUCCUCCCCAACAAACUCGGGCUUUUCCCAGUCUGCGGGAGCUUCACCAAAAGCCAGUCAAUCAAAGAUCUCUGCUGUGAGCAAGCUCCUUUUGGCAAGUCCAAAGGCUCGAAGCCUGGCUGCGUCCACUACCAAAACCCUUAGCUUUUCAACCAAGUCCCUUCCUCAGUCUGUGGGACAGAGUUCAAGUUUGCCUCCAAAUGGAAAAAACAUGUCCUGGUCAACUCAGUCUCUUAGCAGGAACCGAGGCUCUGGUCUUUCUUCCAAAUUGCCCCUCAGAGCUGUUAAUGGGAGGAUUUCAGAACUACUGCAAGGAAACUCUGGCACCCGAGGAAUGCAGCUGUGCAGGAACUCAGACACAGAUGAACGCAGCAGCACUCAUGGGGACAAGAAGCCACCUGUUCACCUGCUUCCUUCACCAUAUAGCAAGAUCACACCUCCUAGGAAGCCUCAUCGCUGCAGCAGUGGCCACGGAAGUGACAACAGCAGUGUCCUGAGUGGGGAGCUUCCUCCAGCCAUGGGGAAAACAGCUCUGUUCUACCACAGUGGAGGAAGCAGUGGAUAUGAAAGCAUGAUCAGAGACAGCGAAGCCACAGGAAGCACUUCAUCCGCACAAGACUCUAUGAGUGAGAACAGCAGCUCCAUCAGUGGCAGGUGCCGAAGUCUUAAAACACCCAAAAAACGUUCAAAUACAGGUUCUCAGAGACGGAGACUCAUUCCAGCUUUGUCGCUUGACACUACAUCUCCUAUAAGGAAGCCUACCAGUCCAGCCAUACGCUGGGUAGAUGGACCUCUGCGAAGUGCCCAGAGAGGGAUGGGAGAGCCCUUUGAAAUCAAAGUCUAUGAAAUUGAUGAUGUGGAACGGCUCCAGCGACGGCGCAUGGGGGAUAACAAUGAGGUGAUUUGCUACAACGCUAAGCUAAAAAUCUUGGAGCAUCGGCAGCAGCGAAUUGCAGAGGUCAAGGCCAAGUACGAGUGGUUAAUGAGAGAGCUGGAAGUGACCAAACAGUAUCUGAUGCUGGAUCCCAAUAAAUGGCUCAGUGAAUUUGAUCUGGAACAUGUUUUUGACUUGGAUUCCCUGGAGUACUUGGAGGCUCUUGAAUGUGUGACUGAGCGGUUAGAGAAUCGUGUCAAUUAUUGCAAGGCCCACCUCAUGAUGAUCACCUGCUUUGACAUCUCUUCCAGACGUCGAUGAAGAAUUAACCUCAAGAAUCUUUUGGACUACUGCCAGACACCCCUUUCCUUCUUUUUGAAUUUAUAUCCCAAAGACCCAGAAUGAGGAUGAAGGUUGGUGCCAUGUUUUGACUAUGUGAGAGAAGAUGCGAUUUUUUUUAAUGAUGCUAAAUAUAUGUUGGAAAACAAAGACGCUGAAAUUAAGGAUGUGGAUUCUUCAAGCCUGAAAGAGCACUUUGAGAAAUCUUGAGGACAUGUUUGUACAUAGAAACCUCUGCAGAAGUGAUUUACCCCCAGCCCCCAGCCCAUCAAUAACUGAAGAGGGAGGAAGAAGCAGGUGUAAGGGAGUUGCUGAGAGCCCCAGUAUAGUAAAAAUACAUGGGGAAACUGUCUGAAGUGCCUUGCAAAUCUUUAUUAUCCAAACAUUUAUGUUCAUACUUCUUGUACAGAUGGUGCUAGUCGACAAAAAGAAAAAGACAAAAAAAUCAAAUCACAUUUUUUGAAAUGUAUUUACAGCCUGUUAUUUUCACUUGGUGUUUUAUUCUAUUUCUGACUUGCUGUUUCUACGUAACUUGUGUUUGUAGAGAUAUUUCUUAUCUGAUACAGCAUAUAAAUAAAUGUUAACUGUCUUUUGUUGUUCAAGAGCAGAGUAAGACCACUCAAAGGAAAAAAAAAGAAGAAGUUAAAACUUCUGGAUUAAUCCCACAGAUGUAUGAUGUAAUAGAGGUUUCCCAGCUCUUAGUAAAAACAAAAAUGAUAAAACAAAAAUACAACAUGAUAAGAUUUCAGUUGGCACUAAGAAAAUAGGGUAUCACAUGAUUUUGUAAUAUGUUCUCCUUUGGAAAUAAAUACAUUGUUAUGCGUAUUCAGUCAACACUCCUAUUUUGUUACGAUUUAACUGAAUAUACUAACUCCGUGAUGUGAACCUAUGGCACGAUUGCCAGAGGUGGCACGCAGAGCCCUCUCUGUGGGGACACGCGCCAUCACCAACUGCUCUUCUGGUUUCCGGCGUGCACAUGUGCACCAGCCAGGUGGUCUUCGUGUGUGCCAGAGCAACAGAAAACAGCCUGAAAAUGGCCCAAAAAACAGGCCAUUUUUCGGACCAUUUUCUGGGCCAUUUUUGGUCUGAAAAACGGCUGAAAAACAGUCACAAAGAACGGCCAAAACCAGCCAAGAAACAGGCAUGUGCGCACCGGCCAGCUGGUCUUCAGGUUUCCAGUGCUCCGGCACCCAUGACCAGCUGGCCGAUGCGCAUGCCAAAAACCCGAAGAUCAGCUGGUCUUUGAGUUUCCGGCAUGUGGGCAUGCAUAGGUGUUCCGGUUUGUGCACUCAGUGCUGAAAAGUUUCGCCAUCACUGUACUAACUUUUCCGAGCAUUACAAUCAUAGAGUCAUCAGAGUUGGAUUGGAAGGGCCUUGGGAGGGUCAGGUAGUCAAAGUAUUUCCUCAAGUUCAAGUUGAGAUAACUUGUGACUCCACUCAUGUUUAUGAGCACAAAAACUUAAGUGGUAAAUCUGUUUUGCCAGUUCAGAAACCUUUGUAGGCUUACAAGUAUUAUCAUCUCCUAAUGUUUUUCCCCAACUCUACAGAUACCUAAUUUGUUCUCAAUUAGGGAUGGUCCCAAUAACACAACAAUUUUGCUGAAAAGGAAAGAAAAGGAGGAAAAACCUUGUAAAGUUGUUGCUCAAAGGAAUUUUUAUAAUUCUAGAUUUUGUCUAACCAGAUAAAAAUACUGAAAACUGCAAGCAUUCAUAACCUUUCCAUAGAAAGGCUAAAACUAUUUGCAUUAGAAUUAAAAUGACUGAUUCUGUGCUACCAGUCUCCUAUCUGUGUGCUGAUCUUUGCUUACCCAUACAACAGAAAUGAUAAAUUGGUUAAUGUUAUUUAUCCAGCUGAGUCAGAAUACAAAAGCUAUUCAAAAGGGCAUUGUGAAAAGUAAAAUAGAGAAUGAAAGUUGAUAGAGUUAUCUAGUUAAAUCACAAACCUCUUGUUUUAAUUUGUUUCAUUGUUAUCUCCAAGUCAAUUAAUUUGCUUUGGGAUUCUUUCUUUUCUACAUUGUUUUUAUUAAGGUUAAAGACCAUCUGACUGAUAGAAAGUGUUAGAAAACACUUCAUUUUAUGCAUCUUCAUAUGUGCUAUGUGCAUAAAUAGAAUAAAAUAUGUACAAAAAAGGUUAAUUACAAAUGAAUUAAAAGUCAAGUACUUAGAAUAAAAGAAUAAAAAGUACUUGGUCAACAAUGUAGGUUAUGUAGUAUAUAUAAAUUGCCACAGUACAAUAGUGUUUUUGCCUUGGUAUCCUGCUUGUAGGCUUACUUGAUACCUCCAAUUGGGCAGUAGGAGAAAUAGCAGGCUAGACACGGUAGAGCUUUGAUCUCAUUUGAUAGGGUUCUACUUAUGUUUAGAAGCAUAAAAUCGGCACACACCAAGACUUCAAUCCAUAGUCCUUAGAAAAAAAAUAUGAAUAUUUUCGUGGCAGCAAAAGGGUUAGGGUUAAAAAAAAGAGUCCUUACCCUGAUCUCUUUCUCUCUUUUUUCUAAAUCUGGGAGAUUCUACUAUUUAAAAUAAAGGAAAUCAGUAUUCCAGGAAUUGUUUACCCAACUCCUUCUAGCAGGCUAGAUUACCCAUUUAUUUACGAAUAUGAAUAUAAAAGAUUGCUUCUGACAUGUGAAGUCCUAUUUGGAUCAGAACAGUUCACCUCAUGGUUAAGUUUCACUAUACUUUUCAUAGGGCUAAAAUGAAAAUAUAGACACCUCAUCACCGUUACUACCACUAUAACGAGAACUCAGAUUUUUUUUCUUCCUUUUUUAAAACAAAUUAAUGCUAGGAAUAAAAUGAAACUUCUGGCAGUAUUAAAUGACGAGAUCACAAUUUACUGUCUUCUGCUGUAUUAAAAGUUAAUCAGAUUCAUGUUGCCUAUGGAACAGAUUGAUCCGCUCAUACACAAACUGUGUAUGUAUGCAGUUGCCUAAAUUAAAAGGAAAAAUGAUUUAGAUUUGUGAAGACCAAUCCUAUACUCAAAAUAACUAGAGCCUUGGCAGAGAAAACUGAGCAGUGGAAUCCUAACCAAUUUUACUCAGAAUUACCGUCCAAUAUAUUUAACAAGGCUUUCAAGUAAGCUUAGCAUAGAGAGUUGUAGCCAUUGUUGAAUAAAUUGGUUUUUAGUGAUAUUAUGAAUACCCACAUGAUAUAUUAUAGAUAAUUUUUACUGGUCUUUACUAAGAUUACCAAAUUUAAUUAAGGCUCAAAAUUAAAAAUAUUACAGGAAAAAGAAAAUUGCUGUUUAAGAGGGCACAUGCUUUAAUUUGUACAUGCCUUUGGCUUUAUUCCUAAUGUCCUGCAUGGCGAUCUCUCUGUGGAGCAGAAUGGUUCUCAGAGAAGUUGGAAGUCGAGAGUAAAGAUUAUUAAAUGCAGAAAGAUGAAAAUACUUUGAAAAACCCUCAAUGGAGGUAUAAUUGGCAAAGAGGACAGAAUUUGAAGAGGUGGGAAAAAUGACUUGUUUGAUAAGAGAAAAUACAAAUUGUUCUUAGUGACUGGAAUCCCUUUAUGGACUUUCUGCUGAAAACUGAAAAAAAAUGAACGUUUGAUUUAUGGGUUUGAUUAUUGGAAAUGGUAGAAUAUGAAAAAAAGAGAGCCACAAUGUAACCUCAGAGAGAGAAAGAGUGGAUAAAAUAGAAAUGCAUUUAUAACUACUAUAAAGAUUGGAAGCUACCCCUGUACAGGUAAUCCUUGAUUUACAGCCAUAAUUGAGCCCAGAAUUUAUGUUGCAAAGUGAAAAAUUUGUUAAGUGAGUUUUGCCUCAUUUUAUGAAUUUUCUUGCUGCAUUUGUUAAGUGAAUCCGGCUUCUCCGUUGACUUUGCUUGUCAGGAGGUCGCAAAAGAUGGUCACAUGACCCCAGGAAUCUGUGCAAACGUCAUAAAUAUGAAACAGUUGUCAAGCAUCCGAAUGUAAAUCACAUGACCAUGGGGAUGCUGCAACAGUCCUAAGUGUGAAAAAUGGUCAUAAGUCACUUUUUUUCAGUGCCGUUAUAACUUCAAACGGUCACUAAACGAACGGUUGUAAAUCGAGGAUUACCUGUAUAUCUUUUUCUUUCUUUCUUCUGCCUUGCUUUUUUGUCUUCUUUCAUUACUUUCCUAUUUACGUAUCCAUUUUCUUUACUUUCUUUUUGUCUUUUAAAUGGGUAUUGUUUUACAAAAGAAAACCGCCUUUUAAUAAAUUAAUCCCAAAAAAAAAGAGAGGAGUCGGAAGAAGAGCUGCAAGUCCAGUAGGUAAAUUAAUAACAGCUGCAUGCAAUGUCAUUUUCACGGCAUUAUUUGCAUAUAUACCUCCUUCCAGCUCUGCCCAAUGAACAAAUUUCCAUAAGUAGUGCUUUAAUUGUUUGAGCAUCGCAUGCACUGAUUAAUCUGAAAUAUUAUUGUCCUACUUGAUCACAAAAUCUUUUUAUAAAAUGCUAAAAUCUUCUAACAACCUACUGGGAAUAGCAAAGAGCUGCAUAGAAUGUCUUCAAGAGACCACCCCCAGAGAAACAGUUGAUUUUUAUCAUUUGCUCUGGACUUCACUGUCUGCAUUGUUCGUUUUAACUUUUAUUUAUGGGGGAAUAACAACAACAUUGUUUCCAUGACAUAUCAUAAUAAUGUAUUUGAGUAGAUGCCUAUAAGAUUUAAAUAAAUCUCAGUAUGAUUAACAAGGUUAACUAUUAAAUUAAUAAAUAUAAGAUCAUCCUUUUGGAGGACUUGUUAUAAAAAGGAAGAUACAUUGAUGGAUGUGACUUUUCUAGUCAUUGCUGUCUACUUGUAUUUCUAUUGACUACUACUUCUAUUGUUCACUUUUCUACUCAAAACUUCUCAUACAAGAUUUCAGUUAUCCAUAUUCUCCUGAUGUAGAAGAAGAACAUGUUAGUUCCUGGUAAAAGUGUGAUAAACAUCUAGCUAAAUUUGUUCCCCAUCUAGGCUUAGAGUUUGAAUAGCUCCUUCAUUGGCUAUCAAUUACAAUUUAGGGAAACAAUGGAAAAAGCAUAUAUAGUGUCUAUGCUCAUGUUUUCAGAUAAUUGAAUUAUUUUUCUUUGAAAUCUGCUCUCUUGCCUUUUCUUUUGCAUUUUUUCCCAAGUUUCUUUAAAGUUCCAGAAAAAUAAAUAAGAGCAGAUGGGUUGUUAGUACAACAUGAAACAAAACAGUUGCAAGGCUACUCGACAUUUAGAGUAGUUAAGUUUGGUCAUCACUUAGUGUGGAAGUUAAUCGAUGAUACAUUCACACCGUCUCUGUGAGUGUGGUUUAAUGAAUUAGGAACUACAAAAGUGAUUUGACUAUACAUCCAUAUGUAUACUACAGUACGAAUCUUACAACUAAACUAAACUAACAUAAGAGAUGUACAAUUUGGGUGCUUUUAAAAAAAAACUAUAACUCUUCAUCUCUUCAAUCUAUUUUCGGGCUGUGAUGCUGGGAGAGACAGAACUUAAUUCUGCCAAAUCUGAAUUGUUCCCCCUAUGAUCUAUUUUCUCCUGGAGGCAAAAUUCAGCUGCUCCUAAGUGGCAGUUUGAUGAGGAAGAGUGAAAAUACUGAUCCACAUGAGGCUCAGAAACAACAGUAUACAUUAGUAUACUUUUUCUUACUUGAUGUGCAUUCUAGCCAGUUUUUCAAUUUUCCUGAAUUGUAUUUCCAAGCUGUAUCAUGGGAAAACAGAUAUGAUACGGUACGAGAGAGAUUGGGGGGGGGGGGGAGAGAGAGAGAGCUUAAGAAACUUAACAAAGCUCAUCACAAACCCAUCAAUAAAAUCUUUUAUCUGAAUAAACUAGUUAUUUAUGCUGCAUUUUAUAGAAACUAUAUUUAAAAACAUGUUUAUGCUUCAGAUUAUAAAGUCAAGCUAGUAUAUUUGUUUCAUGUUAUCUUUCAAAAGAGAUGGCAUCCAUAAAUUGAUGAGAAAAUAAUUUGAAUAUUGCUAAGUUAACAUUCAUUCCAGGCCUCCAGUUUUAAUGGAUGGCCAUGUAUAUAAAAACUUUUGGGAUCGAAACAAAACACGAAUCAGGGGUUUUUAUAAUACAUCUUCUUAUCUCCUGCCCCACUAUUAGCCUAUGUGAGGAUAAGACUAUAACAUCACAGAUGUCCUGCCAUUAAUAUGUGAAAGCACAUUGCUUUCAUUGUGUGUAUCAUUUCUGAUGGAACAUGGAUAUAUAACUGGCAUCUAAAAUGGCAUCUGUUGCCUUUAUUAUUGUCCUAGCCAAAAUGUAAACCAUUAGUCAAAUAGACGAGAUAGCAAUUCAUUACCACACAUAAAGUUUCAACUUAUGUUAUCUGUUUACUUCACAUGGCAUUCUAUAAUCCCCAAAAAUUCUGACUGGUUUUUGGCUCAUACAAGGAUUUCUGAAUAUUAAUUGGUACAUCAUACUGAGUAACUAAAUUCCAUGUUCAACAUCUGCUUAACAUUUAUGAAAUUCCUAUUCUGUGUGUGUCUUUUUUUUCCUUUUCUUUUUAUCAGAUAAUCAUACACUCAAUGGUUUGAGCGAUCAUUCUAAAUUAGUUUCAGAUUUUUUUUCCAUCGCAAAGCAGUUGUCUCAAACCACAAGUAAGCAACUGCUGUAGGUUUCUCAAAGGAUGUUGCUAUCCAGAAUCGAUAUUAUUGGGAAAUAGUAAUUCAUUUGCAUAUAUUAUACACCAUCUGUUGGAAAUUAUAUUCAAAUUUAGUUUUCAGUUUGAUCAAAGUCCGAUAUAGUGCAAAAAAAUUGUUGAGUUAGACUCUAAAAGCAAUGAUGGAUCAGAGCAAGGAUCUAUGAAGUCUACUGUUAUGAUGACACCACAAGAACAAGAACGAAAUAUCCAUUAAUAGGGGUGAUAAUGUAGAUGCAUGAAAACUAACCAAUUUAUCCAGCCAUCCAAGUUCACCAGCACUAAAUUCCAAAAUUGAAGGACACAUGCGAAGUAAUAAUUCCUUAGUCCUGAAGGGUUUUUUUUUAAAAAAAUACAAUAUUUUCAGAUGGAAAUGCUAAGUGAUACUCAUUUAAAUUUAACCUUUCAAGUUUCCUUAAGGGAAGAUAAAUGUAAUCUAUAAAACUUUGAGUGGUCCUACUCAUAGAGCAUUUAUUAUAAAACGAUGGUAAUAAAAAUGGUGCUUAAAAGCAGUUUCAGCAAUAUCUAUAUUACAUAUACUCUCUAUAUGGACUUAGUUACCUUAUAUAUUGUAUAAUAUAUGUGUGAAUGGAUAUAUGAAUAAAACAAUUACCUGGAGAUUUUGCGCAUAUAUAGAUACUACUUUUUCUACAUUUUAAUUAAUCCCCAAUUUUCCCUGCUGAAACUGCUACCUGACAUCUAUCAUCUAUUUGACGUUAUGAAGGACAUAAUUUAUUUGUAAACUCAGGAUGUUCUUGCUUUAUAGACUUGCUUGUAUUUUAUAAUUUAUUUACCCAUCAUGAUUGGAAAUGCUUAUCUAAGUACUAUGCAUUAAUGUGUACUUUUGCUGAGUCCAUUGCGUUCUGUCUGUGGCAAUGUUCUUUUUCAUAGUGAGUGAUACAAUAAAGUCACGUAAGGUUGGAAAGUG